UUUAGGUUGAAAGGGCGUAUAUAAAGGAACGAACGAAACGGUUUGUUGUUCAAACAUCAGUUCGAUCUGGUUAUCAUUCAACAUGGCUCCGGAAAAGUUUGCCCUGGUUUUGGCCGUGUUCUUGUCUGCUGCUUUCGGCCAGAUGUUCAAUCAAGAUGUGAUGGAAUCGAAACAUCGUGCAGUUGGUUACCGCCUCCCACCGCCCAUGUACGUCAGACAGCAAGGCCUUAAUUACAAUAUUCAUCACGCACAGCAUUUCACUUCGAAUCCGAUUCCUGUACGCCGACCACCUGGUCCUGUUCAUCACCUUAGACCUGCUCACGUGGUUCCACACGUCCAUCAUCUCCCUGCCUAUCAAAUUCCGUUCCCAGCACCGAGACAGACAUCAAAUUAUGCUGUUCCAGUGCUCCCCACAAGGACCUAUCCAGUUCCAUUGGCUUCUAGGCCCUACGUAACUACCCCCAGGCCUGUCUUUCCUUCUCCUGUUCAUCCUACUAGGCCACCAUAUUCCGUUCCUAAUUAUGUGAACCCCCAACAUGCCCCAGUAGCUCCUCCAUCACCUGUUAGGCCAGUCCCAACUAGAGCUCCUUUCUAUCCAUCACCUCCUACACCCAAACCUGCUCCAAGCCUGCUGGAUCUUCCUUGGGUGAAACCACUUUAUGCUCGUAAUCAGGUAACACCUAAACCAUAUUACUAUGGAAACCCAUCAACUUGGCACCUGCAAACAAAAGAAGUCCAACCAGCAACCGUAGUCAUAAAACAGGAAGACACUGGUGUCAGCAUCUCGAGCGUUGGAUCCCCUCUUCCGGAAACAGCGGCGAAUACACUUCCAUCUGCAGUUGCGAAUGAUGAUUCAGUACGAGAAAUUCCACAGGAAGUUACUGCGUUCAACGUUCCAGCACCUGUAUCUGUAGCAACAACAACCCAAAGGCCAAUCAACGGGAUAAUCUCCGAUGAUUCUGGUGAGGAUAUCCGAGUAAUUCAAGAAGUUAACACACCUGCACCUUUGCGUACGACUCCAUCAGCAAUAAUCCAGCAAAUUCCAGCAGCCGAUCUUCGUGUGUCUCUUCCGAUGACAACAGCAAUGCCAGCGACUCAACUGGUGUUGUUGGAUGAUUCGGCCGAAGACGUUCGUUUCAUCCAGCAGGAACUUCCGGUUCCAGCCACUGCCUCAGUGUCAGCACCAGUUGCUGUUCCAUUGCCUAUUUUAGAUGACUCUGGAGAAGACUUCAGGAUCGUUCAACAAGUCCAGAUAAGUAAUGUCCCUGUAACUAGCCCAAGAACACCAACAACAACAGCAACGUCACCUGGAACUAACAUGGCUGAAGGUCUCGGGUUACGCAACGUCCCCCAGGAGAUGAGUCUGUCCCCUUUGUCUGUGACAUCUCCGGUAGCUACUGCGCCGCAAGUGCAGACUAUUUCGCUGGUCGUUUCAGACGAGUCUGGUGAAGACAUCCUCCGGCAAGUUCCAGUAGCUAACGGUCCAGUUGUUGGACCUCGAUUAACAGCAACAGCGAGGCCUGAUGUUUCAGUCGUGGUGGUGGAUAGCUCGGAUGAAGAUGUGGGGUUAGAAAGACUCUCUCAGCAAGGUAGGAUGCCAUUGUUACCGGCAGCAAAUUCUGGAAUAGUGGCAACACAGCCUCCACGUGUCUCCGUUUCGAUUUCGGAUAACUCGAACGAAGAUCUCAGGAUCGUCCAACUAGUUCCAGUAUCCAAUGCUCCGGUAUCCAGUGCUCCAGUAAUCAACGUUGCCGUACCUACAUCAAGAUCAGCAAUGACUGGAACAUCCUCAUUUACAGUGGUGGAUACCUCUGAUGAAGAUAUCGUGUUGCGGAACGUACCGCAAGAAGUUAACCAGCCACCAGCGUCUGCAACGAGGCCACUGAGCGUUUUUGACGACUCGGUUGAAGAUCUCCGGAUCGUACAGCAAGUUCGAGUGCCGAAUGUUUCAGUUAGACCACCGUCAACAACGACGAGGCCAGGUGUUUCAUUCGUGGUAUUGGACAGAUCAGAUGAAGAUGUGGAGAGAAUCCGUCAGCAAACUAGCCGGCCAUUAUCGUCUGUGACAAAUCCUGGAACAUUGACACAACAACCAGCAUUUACCUCCGUUUCCAUUUCGGAUAACUCGGAAGAAGAUCUCAGGAUCGUUCAAAGAGUUUCAGUAUCUAAUGCUCCAGUACCCAAUGUACCUACAUCUCUGACUGGAACGUCCACGUUCACAGUAGUGGAUACCUCUGAAGAAGACAUCGUGUUACGAAACGUACCCCAAGAAGUUAAUCGCCGACUUUCGUCUACAUCGAGGCCAAUUGUUCCAGCCACUGUUCUUGACGACUCAGUUGAAGAUCUCCGAAUCGUACAAGUUCCAGUAUCAAAUGUCCAAGCUACCUCCCCAUCGACUAUGACGAGGCCAGGUCCUUCAUUCGUGGUAUUGGACAGAUCCGAAGAAGAUGUCCUGUUGCGAAACAUCCCCCAACAAACAAUUUCCCUAUCAUCAGCAUCAGCCUCCGUUCCAGCAACUCGAGCACCGAAUCGUCCACUUGUCUUCUUAGAUAAUUCGGUGGAAGAUGUGCAAAUCGUUCGCCAAGGUACCAUAGCGAACACCGGCACAUCUUCCCUCCAAGCAGUGUUAGCCAACAUAGAGGGCAAUUCGCUUGAAGUUCCAGACAAUUCAAACGAAGAUUUCGAAUUGCGGCUGAUUUCUCAACCAAUAUCUGUGCCUACGCUUUCUUCACCUGGACCUCUACAGUCUACGACGACCCCUAGGGUUCUCCUAGUUGAUUCGGAUGAAGAUGUUCAGAUCGUCCAGGAAAUUCUGCUAUCAGGUAAUUCUACAUCCAGGAGAGUUGGUGAAACCCCUCGAAUUUUCUUACGAGAUUCAGCUGAAGAUUUCCAAACGAAUCGGAGGGUUCCGCAACCAACUGUUUCGUUAUCUGGGUCGGGGCAAUCUGCUGGGGUAGCUCCUCUUUUACGUUUAGUUGAUUCAGCCGAAGAUAUCCAGGUUACAAGAGAAGUGUCGCUAUCUAGUGUUCCAUUAUCCGCACGAGCACCUACUACUGGACAAACUCAGCCGUCUUUCCUAGUGGAUUCAGCAGAAGACAUUCAGAUCGUCCGGCAAAUUGCUUUCUCUAACACUUCUUCACCAGGAACGGUUGCGGAAACCCCACGAAUUUUCUUGCGGGAUUCAGCUGAAGACUUCCAAAUCGAUCGGAGGAUUCCGCAAUCAAGCGUUUCGUUAUCAGGGCCAGCGCAAUCUGCUGGAACGUCACCUCUUGUGCGCUUGGUUGAUUCGGAUGAAGAUGUCCAGGUUGCACGAAACGUUCCUCUGUCUACUAUAGUGUUAUCCACACCAGUGUCAUCAACUGGACAAACUCCGCUUUCAUUUCUAGUUGAUUCGGAGGAAGAUACUCGGAUUGUCCAGGGAAAUCUCUUGUCUAACGUCUCAUUAUCAGGGCCAGCAGCAACAGGUGCUGGAUCUACUGUUCUGUUAGUCGAUUCGGCCGAAGAUACGCAGGAGUUUCUGCGUUCCAACGUUUCGUUGUCGUCGACAACAGCAUCGAGGAUCGUCUUAGUCGAAUCAGCUGAAGAUAUCGAAUCGCCAGUGUUACCUCUUUUGCAAGCUGCGAAUCGAGUACAAAUUCAAGAAAGAGAAUUCGAUGAUGAUCGAAGUGAAGAAGACAUUCAAACGAGGCUAACAAUUUCAGGAGGAUCUAUUGUCCUGGUCAAUCCAACUUCUGUGUGAUGGAACUGGAAUCAACCAUGAUGAACAGCAAGGUAUUGUGAAUUGCUGAUAAUUGUAUUUUAACAUUCAGAUUUUUUUUUUCGAUUUAUUUAUUUGUAAUCGAUUUAAUUGUUAUUUAGCCCAGUUUGACGGUUUUGCUCAAAAAUAACCGAAUAUUACGGUGUCAUUUUCAUUUUCAAUCAGUGAAAUCUUGUACAACAUUUGAUUUUUAUGGCCCAACAUUAACACAACUGUAGAAUUAUUCAUGUUUUUGUUCGUGAAUGAAUGACUGUCAUUUAUUCUUGGGAUUUCUUAGAAAGCUAUAGAAAUACACAGUAUACGUACCACCCUUUUCAUA